AGUAACAACUAUGAUCAUCAUCAGUAAAAAAAAGGACUUGUUGAAAUGAUAUUGUACAUUUACAUGUGAUUCAUGAAAUUAGACAUACGAAAAUUAUCACCAUCAUCAUCAUCAUCAUCAUGUAUUAUGGUCAUUAUGGUUAUUGGAUGAUGAUAAAAAUCAUCACCAUGAUGACCAUCACAAUUUGCCUACAAUCAUCAAUAAUAACAAUAUUCGCCAUCAAACAUUAUGAUAAUCGUUUAUCGUCAUCAUCAUCAUCAUCAUCAUCAUAUCAAUAUCCAAAUCGUUAUCAACAACAAUAUGAUGGAUUAGAUUUUUCAUUUAGUCAAGAAGAUUUUCAUGUCAACAAUAAAGAUGAUGUUAACUCUACAAACAAUGGUGGUCAAGAAAGUUCAUUGCCAGAAUUUGUUGGCCAUAUACCAAAUGUCACUGUUCAGGUGGGCCGUGAAGCUCGUCUGGCAUGUAUCAUACGAAAUUUAUCCUCAUAUAGUGCGGCAUGGUUACGUGAUGACUUAAAAAUCAUCCUUACAUUGCAGACACACAUAAUCACACGAGAUCCUCGAAUAUCAUUGCUUGAGGAAAGUCAAAUCGAUAGCCAAUCAGUUGGAGGCUAUGUUGGACCCAAUGGAAAUGAUUUCACACCCGAUAUUGUUGGUCUUUCUUCUGAGCCAAUGAUGAAUAGGAUUCGUUAUUUCAUAUUGGUCAUACGUAAUGUUAAAUUCUCUGAUCGUGGUGGGUAUAUGUGUCAAGUGAACACUAUACCAUUACUUAAACAGAUCGGAUAUCUAAGGGUGGUUGUACCGCCUGACAUUAUUGAUCAUGAAUCCUCAAACGAUGUUUUGGUUCGAGAAGGCGAAAAUGUCACACUAAGAUGUAAAGCUCGAGGCUAUCCAGAACCCGUUAUUGAGUGGCGUCGAGAGGAUGGAGCUCGUGUGCCAUUGGGUAAUCGUUCCAAUGGACCAAAUAAUCGUCGUAUUAUGAUGAAUAAGACUGAAGGCGAAUUAUUGGAAAUAGCACGAGUAACGAGAGUUCAUUCUGGAGCUUGGCUUUGUAUUGCUUCGAAUGGUGUAAUGCCAUCAGUGAGUCGUCGAAUAUUACUUAACGUUCAAUUUGCACCACAGAUCUGGAUUCCAAUCGAAGAGAUCGGUGCACCAUUUGGUUCAAACAUUACAUUGGAUUGUCAUAUCGAAGCGUAUCCACUUCCAUUGAAUUAUUGGACAUUUGGCUUACAAUCACAAAGCAUCUACAUAAGCGGACCAAAAUAUGAAGUAUCGGUCAAAGAAAAAGGCUAUAAACGUCAUCUCAAGUUGACCAUACAAUCACUAACACCCGAUGAUUUGGGUCUCUACCAAUGUCAUGCACAUAAUUCUCUUGGACGUCAGGUGAAACAAGUUAAAGUUUAUUCAAGCAAAAUCCAUCAACAAAGUCAAUCAAAAUGGGAUCCAAAUGAUCGUAGCCAACAACCGCCGUUACCCAAACGAGUAUCAUCAACAUCGAUUGGUCCAAUGACAACUACGACAAAAAAUGCCAACAAAUCUAAACGAAAACGAAAAAGGAAAAAAAUUACAUUGACUACAACGAUUCCACAAGAUAAAUGGCGUGCUAUUAUGGAUGGCGGCCAUCAUUUCAAUGACAAAUUAAUGAUGACAAAUAUUUCUAGUCGUGAUUUCGGACAUGUUAAUCAACGACCGCCAACAAACAACAAUGGCCCAUAUCAAUCGUAUAAUAAUAACGACGAUGAUGAUGAUGAUGAAUACGAUGAAUAUGAAUACGACGAUGAUUAUAUCGGUAAUGACUGUGUUCAACAUACAUUUGCAAUGUUCAUAAUGACGACCGUCAUUUUUAACUCAAUCAUAUCGAUUCCUCGAUAUUUCCUAUCCUGAUCUAUUUAUCAUUUACAUUUGAUUUUUGAAAUACACUUUCAAGCACAAAGCUUUCACUUUUGUUUGCUGUUUUUAUCAUUAAUUCAUCAAGGUUAAUAAUCAAUUAUGUCGUAAAAAUCAUUAUAAUAA